CUCUUCAUUUCUAGUAAUUUUCGUUCGAACAAUUCGAUUUCAGAAUCAAUAAAACAUUAAAAAUGACGGAAGGGGACGAUCAAUUAAUAUCGAUUCGCAAACAACUUGAAAAUUUAAAUAAUGCAACAGAUGACAUCAACAGUUAUGAGAUGAAGUUGGAAACUGUCAAGAAACAGUUUUGUGAAACCCAACUAAUGUUCAACAAAGAAAUGCUUGGAAUCCCUAAAAAGUUGGCCAAACACAUAUCAAAAUCCCGUCAAUUUUUCGAUUUGAAAAGCCGCGAAUCGGAAAUCAGAAGAUGUGUUCAACAAGCGGCAGCUCAAUUUGAACGACAAAAAACUUCAGUUGAAAUGGCAAGAGAACAAGUGCAAAUACUGCAUAAUUCAUUGAAUAACAAUCAAGAAUUGGAUGCAGAGAAACAAUAUGUUGAUGUGAUUGAGCAACAGUUGGAAUUGGUUAAAGAAGCUGAGGGAGAAUGUUUAAAAGCUGAAAAGUGUCAUGCAUCACGUGUCAGGGAUUUGUUACAGUUGGAAAUGGCUUUAAGGAAAUGUUUAGAGGAAAAUGGAUCUGCCAUCAAAAAAUCCCGGCCCUAUUACGAACGAAAAGAAGUUCUGACGCGAACAAUGAAUUCUCAACUUGAGUUAAUGUCAAUUUUGGAGCAUGAAGUACAAGAACGAAAAGACAGCUACAGUGAUUCGAUGCGAGCUUUAGAGCAGAUCAGCGAUCAAAUUCAUCAGGAGCGUUCCUCGCAAAGCAGUUUGGCUCCUUCGAGUGAUGCAGAAUCCGACAGCUCUUGAUACUCUGAGCCACACCCUUUCUUCUCAAUUUUCCACGUGUAAUAUUAGAUUUUUCACGAAGUUUCGAAAUCUCGAUCUCACUUGUACUCACGUUCCACACCCAAUCAACUUCACCAAAAAUGUAUUUUUACGGGUUUCAAUCCCCUUUCUCUUUGCUCCUCAUUUUCUCUAUGUAUCUCUUUAUUUUGUGUUCGUCUGGUGCUUAAUAACAAUUUUCUUGAAACAUUAAAAA